UUAUUUCCAUUUUUUUGGUUUCUCUUGACUGCCUCGAAGCACCAGAAUCAGUCCAGUCAGUCAUUGAUAAAUAGAAUCACCUAACUCCUCAACUCACACCUCCCUCCUCUUGGCCUGACUUCAACACACAACAACCGACAACCAACCAACCACAAGAUCUUAUACACACCUCACACCUCACAAAAACCAAAACCCCCUUCUCACCAAACCACUAAACAAACUUCACCCUACCAUCUCUUUUCUAAAAACACAAAAAAAAAGAGAUACACAAAAUGCGCACCCACCUCCUCCCCCUCCUCCUCGCCGCAACAGCAGCACCCACCACCAUCCUCGCCUUUGGCAUUAACAACAACAACAACAACAUAAACCCCCGCCAACCUCAAGACGUAUUCACCAUCCAAACCAACACCAAUGCCAACAAUGGCUUGGUGCCCACCGCCACCACGACUGAAUCAACUUGGCACACGGUGCCUAGUACUACUACUGCUGCUGGUGGUGGUGCUGGUGCUGUGGAUACAGCUACGGUGACGGCCACGGCUACAAAGACGGCCACGACGACGACGUCGACAAGUACUGCUGGGGGUGCGAGGGUUACGGGGGUUACGGGGGUGAUGGGAGGACUAGGAGCGAUGGGGGUUUUGGUUGUUGGAUUGGUGGGGGGUUUGUGAAUGAAUGGGUUGGGGGAAAGAAGGAAAGAGAGUGGGGGUUGGUGAAGAUGGAAAAAAGAGAAAGAUGGGAAGGAUAGGUGUUCUUGGUGGUGAUGCAUCUGAGAGAUGGUUUUGGGGGGUUUGGCUUAACUGAUGCGACUGAUCGAUCGAAACAGUAUGAUUGGAAAUAAUAAUAUAAAAAGUACAUGACUCGUAUACAGAGCUG